CGGGGUGUGAGGAGAGGGCCCGAGCAGGCCCGCGUCGCCAUGGCGACAGCACGGCGCUGCGGCUAUGGCGAAGAAGGAGCAGAAGGACAACGAUGGCCUAGUUGCUGAAAUUGAGAAAAAGAUUACAGAAGCUUUUGACGUGUUUGACCGUGAAUCCAAUAAAACUGUGGAUGUCAGGGAGAUUGGUUGCAUUAUCAGGUCACUGGGUUGCUUCCCAAAUGAGGCAGAAGUACAGGAACUGCUUGCACAGAUAGAAGUAGAAGAACCAGGUGGAUUUGUUCAUCUGGAAAAAUUUCUUCCAGUGAUGACAAAAGUUCUACUUGAUAGAAGAUUCCAGCCUAUUCCAGAAGAUGUUAUUCUACAUGCAUUUGAGGCUUUGGAUGAGAAUAAAUGUGGGUAUAUUACCAAAGAGGACCUGGUUAAACAUUUGACUGAAGAAGGUGAGCCCUUUACUCAGGAGGAAAUGGAGGACAUGCUUGCUGUUGCUCUAGAUCCAGAAACAAAUAUUCUUCACUACAGAGACUACCGCACAAAGCUGGUUGUAGAUGAAACUAAGACCUUCCCCUUUAAUGUCUGAGAUACCUUUUGGUAACAGCACCAUGGCUUGACAGAUAAUUGAAAUAUGUAUUUCAAAGUAUAACAAAGCUCAGCUUGUGACUUGGUGCUUAUAAUUAAAAUAAAAUCUGUGUAGUUA